AUGGUGAGCGCUUCAUUAGCUCGUAACGUUGUUGGCAUUAUAGGGAACGUUAUCUCUUUCGGGUUGUUCUUCUCGCCAGCUCCAACUUUCUACAAAAUUAUAAAGAAGAAGGAUGUGGAGGAGUUCAAGCCUGAUCCAUACAUAGCUACUGUUUUGAAUUGUGCGUUUUGGGUAUUCUAUGGAAUGCCUUUUGUGCACCCAAACAGCAUCUUGGUUGUUACCAUCAAUAGUGUUGGCCUUGUUUUCGAGUUCGUCUAUCUUACCAUCUUUUAUUUAUAUGCAAAGAAAGAAGGAAGGAAGAAGAUGCAACUUUAUCUUUCUAUUGAGGCAAUUUUAUUUGCUGCCAUUGUUCUUACAACAAUGUUGGCACUACAUGGCACUACUAAAAGGUCAUUUUUGGUUGGUAUUCUAUGUGAUAUCUUCAACAUAAUGAUGUAUGUCUCUCCUCUUACCAUCAUGGCAAAGGUUAUAAAAACAAAAAGUGUGAAAUACAUGCCAUUCUGGCUCUCUUUGGCCAACUUCCUUAAUGGUUGUUGCUGGACAACAUAUGCUCUAAUACAUCCCUUUGACAUUUAUGUCCUGGUCAGCAAUGGCAUUGGAGCAAUCUCUGGAUUUGUUCAGCUCUUACUAUAUGCUUAUUUCUGGUGCAGGGGAGAAAAUAAUGAUGACAAUGAUGAUAAUCAUGUUUCAAAGUCAGCUAUGGCUGCAGUUUAA